AAGAGAAUCAUGUUUUUCAGAGCCACAGUGCUUGCAACAAUUCUUGUUUUCUUGCUCUGGCCAGAGAGCACCACAGCUGGCUCUAGUUUUUUAAGCCCUGAACAACCCAAGACACAGCAACGAAAACCUCCCCCAAAGCCUGCAAAACUCCACGGUCGAGAUGCGAGAGCAGUUUUGGACGUGCACAGGACUGAAGGAGACACCAAUGAAAUACAAAUAAAGUUUAAUGUUCCCUUUGAAAUUGGCAUGAAAGUCUCAGAAGAACAGUAUGACAAAUAUGGGCAAAUACUGGAUCAGUUUCUGGAGGAUGUACUUACUGAGGACAGCAAAGAAAACCAAGAAAAAAAGUGAAAAUCCAGAUGCUAGCCUCACCCCAACUAUUUCACAAGCCAAAUAAACUGCUUC